CUUCACCGACGAGAGGACGACAUCGUACUCCCAGGCUCCCAGCCCAAUCAGCGCCACUAACGAAAAGCUGAAAGCGGAAACUUGCACUUGCAGCUUCGGGCCAACAGUCCGAAGAAAAUAAUCCGCAGAAGAAGAAAGAAAGGAGGAGGAAGAAGAAGAAGAGAGGAGAACGAAAAAAAAUGGAAGAUCUCUGGAAGAGAGCGAAGCUGUUCGCGGAGGAAGCCGCGAAGACGUCACAGACCUUAACCACUUCCUCCAACAAGAUCGCCGAUCUAGUCGCCGAGACCGCCAAGAAGUCGAAAGAGCUCGCCCUCGAGGCCUCCAAGAAGGCCGACGAGUUCAAAGUCGCCGCGCUCAAGCAAGCCGACCAGAUCCAGAUCAAGUCCAUCUCCGACAUCAUCCCUUCGCAACUCUCUUCCCUCUCAAUCGUCAGCGGCGCCUCCGAUGCCGCGUCUUCUUCCUCAUCGCCUUCUUCUUCGUCCUCCGCCGCUGCCGUCGUCUCCGAAGAGGAGCUCCGGCGGUUUGGAAUCACGGACGAUUUGAGAGAUUUCGUCAAGGGACUGACCUCCAGCACGUUCCAGAACUUUCCGGUCCAAGAUGUUCCUGCUCCGGCUGAUGUGCCGGCCAAUGAAUCGAACGUGCGGAAGGAUCUUAACGAGUGGCAGGAGAGGCACGCCACUCUGGUUCUCUCUACUGUUAAGCAAAUCUCAAAAUUGAGAUACGAUUUGUGCCCACGUGUUAUGAAAGAACGGAGAUUCUGGAGGAUUUAUUUCACAAUAGUGAGCACUCACGUUGGAUCGUAUGAACAAGAGUACAUGGAAGAGUUAAAGCGCAAAGCUGAGGAGCAGAUAAAAGAGGAGAAAAGCAAGCUAACUGCAGCUAUAAUUCCAUCUGUACCAGAAGGUGCAGAAAGGAGCCUGGAAAGUAAGAAGUCGAAUGUGUCCACAGAACAGGACUUGGAUACCUUUCUCUUGGGUGAUCUCGAGGAUAGUGAUGGAGGAGCAGAUAUCGGCAAUGAUGGUGAUGGUAACUUUGAAGAUGAUUUCGACAAGAUUGAUAAUUCAGACAUUGAAGAUGAUCUCAAGGCGCCCAAGAAGGCAGCAGAUGCUCCAGCUUCAAGCUAGGAUCAAGUGCAAAACCAGCAGCUUCUGUAAAGAGCUGAGAAGAAGAGUGGCAAUUUCAUGUAGUACGUGCUAAAACUACUAGAAACUUGGGGAAAAGGUUGCAGACUGUUGAUUGAUCACCCUUAUUUAGAAAGUUUGCAGGGUGGAAUUCUUUUUGUUUCCGUUUCUAGCUCUUUCUUUUGUUGUUUUACCCUGUACAGAACCGUUGAAUUCAAGUUUAUUUUCUUAAUGAGGAAAGCCCGUAGUUUGCCUUCAUA